UCCUCUUCCUCCUCUUCCUCUCCCAUGGAAGGCUCCGGGCAGGAUGAGCGCCUCCUCGGGAAUCCAUUGGGGCUAUCUCCGCAAAUACGGAGGCUUCCUGUUCAAGCAGUGGAAAGAGAAGUUCCUCUCUCUCUCGCCGGAUGGGUGUCUUCUCAUCGGCCCGCGUGCGGGAAGCCCUGCUGAGCUGGGCAUCUCUCUGGGCACCAGCUGCGAUGCCAUCCUGGAGGGGAGCGAGAUCUGUGACCUCCCACGCCUUCCCGUGGGCGCCCAGCGGGACAGCUGCCUGGGCCUCAGCCUCAACGACGGGAGAUUCCUGCUUUUUCUCGCACCCAGCACCCAAGAGUGCAGGCAGUGGCUGAACGUCUUAAGAAAAGUCAAAGAGAGUUUCUCCGAAGGGUCUCCUUCUAGCUGCAAAGUCCACAUCCACUCGCCAGCGAGAAAAUGUUGCCGGAAAGGAGGAGCGGGUGCUGGCACGAGCUGCAGGCGGCCACCCAGCAUGGAGAGAGAAGAAGCUGCCCGGACCAGCCUGUGCCAAGAACCCUGCCUUCGCCACAACUCCCUGGCACAUGCCCGGGUGCAAGCAGCUUGCCUCUUGGUGGGGGGAGCUGCCGCUGGCCCCACCAUGGGCUACAUGGUCACCUCUGCCAAUGCCGGACAACCUGUGGAGUCGCAUCCGCCAGACUUCAAGGAGUUGGGCUACCACCCGUCGGCCUGCGACACAGAAUCGCAAUACGAAGCCCUGGAUUACGAGGGGAUGGACCAGGACUUUGACGUGCUGGAAUUUGGGAGCUUUGCCUUCUAGGCUCAGCCACUGCCCACCCCCAAACACCAGCAUUUAAGGGCUAAGGCAGAAGCCUUCCUGCAGCCAG